AUGGGCCUCGCCCUGGGCACUUGCGCGGCCAAGCCUCAGUGUGCCGACGUCACCUUCAACGUCCCCAUCACAAACAGCCAAAACGUCGCCUUUGCGUCCCCACCAGACCCUAACGACACGGCGGCCAUUGUUGGGUUUAUGCGCGAUGUUUGGAACGGUAAUAAGCCUGCUUCCACCGGUGCUUUCCCCGUCUCCGAUACCUUCAUCAUCAAGGGAACAUACUGCGUCCCCAAGGGUUCACAAACACCCAAGGGCCUCGAGGUUCUCGUCCAUGGCAUCACCUACAACAAGACCAUGUGGGCCGGUCAAGGCUUUGAGAAGUACAACUGGCACGCAGCCGCAACGGCACGAGGAUAUGCCAGCCUCGCGCUCGACCGCCUGGGCCACGGCGACAACCCGCAACGGCCCGACCCGCUCAACGUCGUGCAGCCACAAUUGCAGAUCGAUAUCAUGCACGAGAUCUUCGAGGCGAUACGGGACGUUGCCUCGCCGGUUAAUGGCCUCGGCCAAGCUUACUCCAAGCUCGUCUUUGUAGGCCACUCGUGGGGCUCGUACCUCGGCGCGGCCAUGGCCACUCAGUAUCCGAACGACGCCGACGCCCUCGUCUUGACCGGGUACAGCAACUACUUCGACUUCUCGGACGUCAUCAACGCCGACUGGGCAAGCGCCGCAGACUUCGACCCCGCGCGUUUCGACCCUUCGCUCCCGAAGGGAUAUGUCACCAUCACGAAACAGCCACAACGCACUGCAUCAUUUUUCGCGGGCAACUUCGACCCAGCCAUCCCGGAUAUUGAUUUCGAGGGCGAGGACACGUUGACCAGCGGAGAGAUUGGUGCGCUACCGGCGAUCCUAGGCCCUGUGGCCGGAUACACGGGCCCGGUCCUGGUUGUCACAGCUGUGGAAGAUGCUUUCUUUUGCCAGGCCCCAAAGGCGACGUGCGAGAGCCACCUGGAUUCUACAGAGUCUUCAUUCCCCGAUGCAUCAAGCUACGACUACUUUGCGCCGCAAAACACCGGUCAUGACCUGACGCUACACUACACAGCACAGGAUACGUUUGAGUUGGUACAUCAAUGGUUGGAUCAAAAGUUGUGA